CGGAUCGAUGCCGGGGUGGAUGUAGUUUUUUCGGACAGUAUUCCAAAGCGGGGGGUGAACGAACGUUACGUAAGGCGGUCGAUAGCGGGCGACAUGCGCGGGCCGCCCCGCCGCGCCGGCAGACACCACCGCGCGCGCCGACACCACGCUCGUGCCGCGUUUUCUUUUACCGCGUUUUUCGUUUCCCUUUCGUUCUUUCCGUUUGUUUUCCGCCAUGUCGAAGGGCGACAGCGAGCAGCAGAACGGCUCCGGCGAGGAGUCCAAGACCAAUCUGAUCAUCAACUACCUGCCCCAGAGCAUGACCCAGGAAGAGAUCCGCAGCCUCUUCUCGAGCAUCGGUGAAGUGGAAUCUUGCAAGUUGAUCCGGAACAAGGGCGCGGCCUUCCCCGACGCGCUCAAUCACGCUCUGCACGGCGGCGGACAGAGCCUCGGCUACGCCUUUGUCAACUAUCACCGGCCCGAGGAUGCGGAGAAGGCUAUUGCGACCCUCAACGGCCUGCGUCUCCAGAACAAAACAAUCAAAGUGUCGUACGCGCGCCCCAGCAGCGAGGCCAUCAAAGGUGCCAAUUUAUACGUAUCCGGUCUUCCCAAGACCAUGACUCAGAGCGAGCUCGAGCGCCUGUUCAGUCCGUACGGGCGCAUCAUCACGUCGCGUAUACUAUGCGAGAACUCGGGCGGGCGGCCCUUCACCGGCGGCGAACAAGGUUUGUCCAAGGGCGUCGGCUUCAUCCGCUUCGACCAGCGCGUGGAAGCGGAGCGAGCCAUACAAGAGUUGAACGGCACCAUACCGAAAGGAGCCAGCGAGCCUAUAACAGUGAAGUUCGCGAAUAACCCGAGCAACAACGGGAAGGCGCUAGCUCCGUUGGCGGCGUACCUACCAGCCGCGCUGCGGUUCCCCGCGCCGCUGGGCCGGUUCAGUUCAGGCAAGUCGCUUCUCGCUAUAAACAAAGGAUUACAGCGCUACAGCCCUCUCGCCGGCGAGUUACUCGGAGGGGUCCUGCCCGGCGCCGUGGGCUCGGAGUGGUGCAUCUUCGUCUACAACUUAGCUCCCGAGACGGAAGAGAACGUGCUGUGGCAGCUGUUCGGGCCCUUCGGCGCGGUGCAGAGCGUGAAAGUGAUCCGCGACCUGCAGACGAACAAGUGCAAGGGAUACGGGUUCAUCACGAUGACCAACUACGACGAGGCUGUGGUCGCCAUCCAGUCCCUGAACGGGUACACGCUCGGUAACAGAGUGCUGCAAGUCAGCUUCAAGACCAACAAGAUAAAGACGAUCUAAGAUCGCAGGGGGAUCGGCCUAGCCGGGCGCUAGGACGGCACGCCAGGCUCGCAACCAUACAUGCUAGAAGUUCCGCACCGGGAACAACUCCGCGCUCGACUACUCUCCUACAGAAGCGACGAAACACGAAAUGGCGGCGCGCAUGUUACCACAAGAUGGCGGCGCUUCGGGUGCCGAGCCGGCCUCGCAUCGAACCGAACACGCUGGUAAUAUAGUCAAUAACAAAAUAAUGAUAUUAAACUUCGCUUAUGAACGGUUGUGGUUAUCGAGAAAAUAGUUAACGAAUAUAAUAAUUAUUUAGCAAUAAUAGCCUGAAAUGCUAUAUUACGCUCCAAUUUUGUACGCGAUCAUAUCUGUUUAAGUAUAACUGUGCGAUUGUGGUGGGGGCCGCCUUAGGACCGAUUGCCAAAUGUAUCCGCUCACAGAGACCAGGUCCGCUACUGGCCACUCGCUCCCCAGGCGCUUAAUCGAAGUCAAAUAGUAUUAUAUUGUUAAAGAUUGGAUGAGAUGAAAAAAAUAUAUUAUUAUCUAUACAUAUAUUUUAAUCAAUAUAUUAAAAUUAAGGAUGAAACUAAUCAAAAACUGUGAUAGGUUUUGAUAAAAUUUUAAAAGGAGAUCUUUGAACGGUAUUGCGGUCACGGCGACGGCGGGUCACACCCGGGCGGCGGGCGGGGUUAGAUUUACACAUUUUUGAGAGAAAUUUUGAGGAAAAACCGUCGGAAACGCUUAUAGGGCGCUGCCGUAAGUAAACUCGUAAGUUUCAUAGGAUUUGAGAGUCGAACCGAGCAAAAGUGGG